ACAAAUGAUGUUUGCAGGUCUAAAAUAAAGAAAUGAUAUGGUGUGCAAUUUGAAACGACGACGUCUUUCAGGUUCAGCCCUUAUCUCUCAGCUAGCUCUCUGCUUCGCGGGUAGCUAAAGCUUUUUGCAGAUUUCAUUCAUGGCGGGCAAGCUUUCCAAUGAGACUCUGCUUCAGCAAUUGAAACAUGGACUCGCUGAGUUCGAACUCGUUUCCUCUCCAGUUCUUUCAAUAUCGAGUCACAAGCCUAACUCACCUAUCAGACUCCGUCCCAACUCGCUUCUCAGCGAUAACACUCAUCGAUUUUUCGCUAGAAUCGGAUCGUCUCUAGGUGGAGCUUCACCAGCAAUGAAGAAGCUGGAGCGCUAUGCAGUUCAGAAAGUCACCGGGGAUGGACGCUGUCUAUUUCGUGCAUUGGUAUUGAUGGUCAAAGGAAUGGCUUUCAACAAGGGAAUUGCACUUAAUCCGCGAGAAGAAAGAGAAAAUGCAGAUGAACUAAGAAUGGCUGUAAAGGAGGUUCUAUGUGAUAAUGAUAAAGAACGCCUUCAGUAUGAAGAGGCCUUGGUUGCAAUCACUGUUGAGGAGUCUUUGAAACGUUACUGCCAACGCAUUGGACGGCCUGAUUUCUGGGGAGGAGAGUCAGAGCUUCUGGUGCUAUCAAAGUUGUGUUGCCAGCCGAUCAUUGUAUACAUACCAGAACACGAGCAUACAAAAGGUGGAUGGGGCUCUGGUUUUAUUCCCAUUGCAGAGUAUGGAACUGAGUUUCGUAAGGGUUCAAGAAAAGGAAAAUCAAGGAAAGUUGUGAGGCUUGUGUAUAGUGGUAAGAACCACUAUGAUCUACUUGUCUGAAAGCUCAUGUUCAUUGAUUCAAUUUUGUAUUUAAAAAAGACAUUGAAAUUAGUAUUAGUCAUUAUAGGGCGAGAGAAGUUAGACAGUGGUAUUAUGUUGUGUUGUAAUCAUAGAAAAUUGACAUUAUCUAUUCCUUUUCUCUUUUAUUUCUUUACCCGUAUGUAUGAAAGAGAGACUUGGAACUUUUGGCUUCUUUUUUGGCCACAGAUUUUGGGUUAUUUGGAUUAGACUUGGUCUCUCUCUCUCUCUCGCUCUCAUGGGUUGCUAUGAAACAGAUGCCCAGAUUCAAA